CUAUAGCUGAUGGAAGUUUUUUGUACUUUUUCAAACAAAACUCCAAAACAAAAUGUUUGGAUGCAACAUAUUCAAGUUGCAUCGGAAGAAUGGUCAAUGAUGCAGUUGCCCCCAAAGCCAAUUGUAAAAUGGUAGCUGUUAAUGAUGGCAAGAAUCCACAUCUUUGCUUAUUUGCUGUUCGAGACAUUGAAGUCUGGGAAGAACUUCGGUUUGAUUAUGGUGUACCCAACUUGCCAUGGAGAAAGAUGGGGCAGAUGCAGGAAAAGCAUAAUGACUACCUUGACAAGCUCACUUUCUGUGGACUGAAAAAGAAUUCUGCAGCUGAUGAUGUCAACAAGUGUUCCCCAAAACACAACUCACAAGUUGAUGACUCCGAUACUACACGUGAUGACAGUGAUGACAAUGAUUACAUUCCCGAUAGUGAAAAUGAAGAAAUAGAAAGUGACUCCAGCGACCAGCUUUGUGGAUUAAGAGGUGCAGCAAAACAAUCCAUGUUUCAAACUAAUGAGGUAGGUAUAAAUACUUAAAAGUGUUAAAUGCAAUGUACGACUAUGGUGAGAUGAGCAAAGGAAAAUAGUGUUAAA